UGAUCACAGAUAGAUUCUCGGCCUCGCCGUAUCCUAUUGCGCAGGCGCUAAAGCGCGUGCGUCACCCCACGAGUAGUCCCUUUUCAGCCUUUUUCCCCCAGCAGGCGCGGGAGAUCAAGGGGACGAAAGAGAAGUGGCGUGCGCACGCGCGGCGGGCGCUCUCCCUUUGGUGGCUGUCUGGGGUAAGAGGGUGGCAGCGACAGCAGGAUCGGCAGCAGGUCAGCGCGCGCUCGCAGAGGCCCCAUUUGGCUUCUCACUCUCGGUUGGGCCAGGCGCGGCGCGCGCAGCCGCCGUCUCCUCCUCUUCUCCCUCCCUUUUCCCGUCUCUUCCUUCUGUCAGCGGGAGGUCGUCGCCUCCCCCUAGCUCUGUGCGCUCACUGGGCCUCCCCUUUCGCCUCGAUCUCCGCUGCCAGCGCUGCUGCUUCUUCCACCUUUUCUUCUAAUUUCUCCACCGUCUCGUCUUCCCGUGGCGCUGCCGCUGCGAUGCCGGAAAAGCGGCCCUUCGAGCGGCUCCCGACCGAAGUGCGCCCCAUCAAUUAUGGGUUGUGUCUCAAGCCCGACCUUAUCGACUUCACCUUCGAGGGAAAACUCGAGGCCGCCGUAGAGGUGAAGCAGGCGACCAAUCAAAUAGUGAUGAAUUGUGCUGACAUUGAUAUUAUUACAGCUUCAUAUGCACCAGAAGGAGAUGAAGAAAUCCAUGCCACAGGGUUCAACUAUCAGAAUGAAGAUGAGAAAGUGACUCUUUCUUUUCCCAGCACACUUCAGAAAGGGAUGGGAACAUUAAAGAUAGAUUUUGUUGGAGAAUUGAAUGACAAAAUGAAAGGAUUCUAUCGAAGUAAAUACAUCACCCCUUCCGGAGAUACUCGGUUUGCUGCUGUUACCCAAUUUGAGGCCACUGAUGCUCGCAGGGCCUUUCCUUGCUGGGAUGAGCCAGCUAUCAAAGCAACUUUUGAUAUUUCAUUGGUGAUUCCUAAAGACAGAGUAGCUCUGUCAAACAUGAAUAUCACUGAUCGGAGGCCAUAUCCUGAUGAUGAAAAUCUGGUAGAAGUGAAAUUUGCUUGUACUCCUGUGAUGUCAACAUAUCUUGUUGCUUUUGUGGUUGGAGAAUAUGACUUUGUUGAGACCAGGACCACUGAUGGAGUAUUAAUCCGUGUUUACACUCCUGUUGGCAAAGCAGAACAAGGGAAGUUUGCAUUAGAGGUUGCUGCUAAAACUUUGCCUUUUUAUAAGGACUACUUCAAUGUUCCUUACCCUCUUCCUAAAAUUGAUCUUAUAGCUAUUGCAGACUUUGCAGCAGGUGCCAUGGAGAACUGGGGCCUUGUUACUUAUAGGGAAACUGCACUGCUAAUUGAUCCCAAAAACUCUUGUUCUUCCUCUCGUCAAUGGGUAGCCCUUGUUGUGGGCCAUGAACUUGCUCACCAGUGGUUUGGAAACCUUGUGACUAUGGAAUGGUGGACUCACCUGUGGCUCAAUGAGGGCUUUGCAUCCUGGAUUGAGUACCUUUGUGUAGACCAUUGCUUUCCAGAAUAUGAUAUCUGGACUCAGUUCGUAUCUGCUGAUUACACAAGAGCUCAGGAGCUUGAUGCAUUAGACAACAGUCAUCCUAUUGAAGUCAAUGUAGGCCAUCCAUCUGAAGUGGAUGAAAUAUUUGAUGCAAUUUCUUACAGCAAGGGAGCAUCAGUAAUUCGAAUGCUACAUGAUUAUAUAGGUGAUGAGGAUUUCCGAAAAGGAAUGCACCUCUAUCUUACCAAGUUUCAGCAUAAGAAUGCUUCUACAGAAGAUCUUUGGGAAUGCCUGGAAGACGCUAGUGGUAAACCUAUUGCUGCUGUGAUGAAUACAUGGACCAAGCAAAUGGGUUUUCCACUGGUAUAUGUAGAAGGGGAGCAGCAAGAAGAUAACAAAGUGCUGAAGCUAGUCCAGAAGAAAUUCUGUGCCAGUGGACCAUAUAGUGGGGAAGAUUGCCCUUUGUGGAUGAUUCCCAUUACCAUUUGUACAAGUGAUGAUCCAACCCAUGCCAAAAUGCAAGUAUUAAUGGACAAGCCUGAGUUAACUUUAGUUUUGAAAGAUGUGAAACCAGAGCAGUGGAUUAAGCUAAAUCUGGGAACUGUGGGAUUUUAUCGGACACAAUACAGUCCUGACAUGCUGGAGGCUUUACUUCCAGCUAUCCGUGAUCUCUCCUUACUCCCUGUGGACAGACUAGGGCUGCAAAAUGAUCUCUUUUCCUUGGCCAGAGCUGGAAUUAUUAGCACUGUAGAGGUUCUAAAAAUCAUGGAAGCUUUUGUGAAUGAGCCCAACUAUACUGUCUGGAGCGACCUAAGCUGUAACCUGGGGAUUCUCUCAACUCUCUUAUCCCACACAGACUUCUACGAAGAAAUUCAGGCAUUCAUCUGUGAUAUCUUUUCACCAAUAGGAGAAAAACUGGGCUGGGACCCCAGGCCUGGUGAGGGUCAUCUAGAUGCACUUCUGAGAGGUUUAGUUUUGGGCAAGCUUGGAAAAGCUGGACACAAGGCAACUUUGGAAGAAGCUCGGCGACGGUUUAAAGAUCAUGUGGAAGGGAAGCACAUCCUGUCUGCUGAUCUAAGGAGUUCUGUAUAUGUAACUGUUUUAAAACAUGGUGACAGUAUAACCUUAGAUACCAUGCUAAAGCUCCACAAGCAAGCUGAUAUGCAGGAAGAGAAGAACAGAAUAGAACGUGUACUUGGUGCAAUAUCGCAACCAGAGUUAAUACAGAAAGUUCUUACUUUUGCACUUUCAGAAGAGGUACGUCCCCAAGACACAGUAUCUGUCAUUGGUGGAGUUGCAGGAGGCAGCAAGCAGGGCAGAAAGGCUGCCUGGAAGUUCGUCAGAGACAAUUGGGAGGAACUAUACAAUCGCUACCAGGGGGGAUUCUUAAUAUCCAGACUAAUAAAGCUAUCAGUGGAUGGAUUUGCAAUUGACAAAAUGGCUUCAGAAGUAAAGGCUUUUUUUGAGAGUCAUCCAGCUCCAUCAGCUGAGCGUACCAUACAGCAGUGCUGUGAAAACAUCCUGUUGAAUGCUGCAUGGCUGAAGCGUGAUGCUGAAAAUGUCCAUCAGUACCUCCUGCAACGCAAAGUCUCACCAACUUCUGUGUGAGCCCACUCUCAUCCACCUCGGACAUCCCAGCUGCUGUGGCCCAACUGCCUCAGCGUGAGGAGAAAAAGCUGCUAUUCAACAGUUGAAUAAUGCGCCAAGGAAAUUGGAGUUUUUUUCUCACACCAAUGGGGACUGGACAUUGAAUGUAGUUUAACAGUUCCUGCUCAACUCCAGAACUAAAUUCUAAUAAAAAAAAUUUAUCAAAAUUUUAGCAACAAAGAAAAAAAAUAUACAACUAUCCUGUAAAUAUUAUAGUAAUAAAAUAGAGCAUAACAAAACUGUGAAAUGUCCUUAAGGCUUGUCAGUGGUCAAAAUAUUUAAUACACUCUCCCCUUAUACUUUCUGAUGAUUUUUUAACCAUCCCUUUCCCUUUUUUUUCCUAAAAAACAAAAGAAGAAACCAGAGGUUUUGUGGCAAUUUGAAUGUUAUAGCAAGUCAAGGGCAGGAGUGGGUUUCGCUUCUGAGUGCAUCUGAAAACACACUGAAAGGCAGCAAAAGCACUUACAAGUUGUGUGGAAUGGUCCAAUUAUGAAAGACAGCUUGGUAUAAAAUUUAAGUGUAGUCCUUAGCUGAAGGUUCUAGGAAACAACACAUGAUCUUGGUUCAAAUUUUAAAAGCUUAUAAGACUCCCUUGUUUCAUAUUUUGAGAAGGAGAAAAUAAAAUAUUCCUUGUCUGUCUUUUCUCCUUUUUUGUUUCAUUUGCUAAUAUUCUCAAAAAUUGCAAACUUGUAUAGAAACAUGUUUCUCAGCCACAUUAAAAUGAAAUUAUUCCCCCCAUCCCCUUCUGUCUUUCUUUAUAUUUUACUCCUGCAUGCAGAUAAUAUUUAGUAUUGCAAUUUGGAUCUUUCUGGGCCAUUGUAAGGUCCCACCUCACCGAAUGCAUAACCAGUAGUUUGAAAAAGGUGUUCUGUUUCAAAAACAAAACAUUGCCCUAACAGCUUGUGAUUGUAGCUUUCCAUUCUACUGUACCUGGUAAUGUUUGGUAAUUUGAUUCAGAAGCCUUAAACUUAUACUAGUUGGCAUGAUGAUAAAUAUCUAAGCUUUCUGCCAUCAGUUGCUUAAGAAAAUAGCAUGUUACUGCUUACCAAUUUCAUAUCAAACAUCACUCCUUGCUCAAAUGUUUACAGUUCCCUUUUUUAAAAUACUUUUUUUUUAAUUCAUACCUGGCGUGGCUUUAAUUGUUAAUUGGAGAAGGUCAUCAGACACUAGAUGUCAAAUUGCUUCUCUGGAAACACAUUUUUGUGCUAUUGUUUUAAAUGAAAAACAAGAAAAAUUUAAAACAAGUUGGCGUUAAUAAAAAGGAAAGUCAAUGUGAAAUUAAA